UAGCUCCCCACCCAAGGGCGCCCUCUGCUGCCUCUGCCCGCGCCCGGGACGGAAGGGGUUGGCGCGCUCCGAGUGCCAGGGCGCACGGCACCCCGAGCGCGGCGCCCUUGAGCCGCACCGCGGCGCAGGUUGGCCAGCCGACUUGUCCGCCCGCCAAGAAAAGGAAGCUCUGUCCCUUCCCGCUCGCCCGGCUCCCCACCCUGUGUACUCUAAACCCUGCGGCGGGCGAGCGAGCGGCGCGGCCACGGAGGCGCCGAGGAGGGGCGAGCCGCCGCCGGGCAGCGGCGUGGCCCCGGGGGACAGGGCGCCGGAGAGGAGGCGGAGGCGCGGCGGCGAAGGCGCGGCGCGCGAUGGCAGCUGCUUAGCCCGGAGGGCACGGAGCAGCCCCGAGCUGUGGCUGGCCAGACGGUGCGUCUGGUCCGGGGACACAGCAGCCGCUGCAGCCCGGCCGACAGAGAUGGGCACCGAGGCUGGCGAGGGCAUCACGUUCUCCGUGCCGCCCUUCGCCUCCUCGGCCUUCUCCACCUUCCACGAGGGCAGCAGCUGCCGGAGGGGAGGAGCGGCGACUGUGGCCGUGGGUGAGCCAAGCCAGCUACCGCCGCCGCCACCGGGCAGCUUCUGGAACGUGGAGAGCGCCGCCGCCCCUGGCACCUCUGGGUGUCCUGCUGCCACCUCCGGGAGCAACGCCACCCGGGGCCGGGGCAACUCUGGCAGUGGGGGCGGCCGACGGACCACCGUGGCGUAUGUGAUCAACGAAGCGAGCCAGGGGCAGCUGGUGGUGGCCGAGAGCGAGGCCCUGCAGAGCCUGCGGGAGGCGUGCGAGGCGGUGGGCGCCACCCUGGAGACCCUGCACUUUGGGAAACUGGACUUCGGGGAAACCACGGUGCUGGACCGGUUUUACAACGCAGAUAUUGCUGUGGUAGAGAUGAGUGAUGCCUUCCGGCAGCCGUCCUUGUUUUACCAUCUUGGGGUGAGAGAAAGCUUCAGCAUGGCCAACAAUAUCAUUCUCUACUGUGACACCAACUCAGACUCUCUGCAGUCCCUCAAGGAAGUCAUUUGCCAGAAGAAUACUAUGUGCACAGGGAACUACACAUUUGUCCCCUACAUGGUAACACCACACAACAAGGUCUACUGCUGUGAUAGCAGCUUCAUGAAGGGCUUGACAGAGCUCAUGCAGCCCAACUUCGAGCUCCUGCUUGGGCCCAUCUGCUUACCUCUCGUGGACCGAUUCGUCCAGCUUCUGAAGGUGGCACAAGCGAGUUCCAGCCAGUACUUCCGGGAAUCUAUACUUAAUGACAUCAGGAAGGCUCGGAACUUAUACACUGGGAAAGAAUUGGCAGCUGAAUUGGCGAGAAUUCGGCAGCGAGUUGAUAAUAUUGAAGUCUUAACUGCAGACAUUGUCAUCAAUCUGUUACUUUCCUACAGAGAUAUCCAGGACUAUGAUUCCAUUGUGAAGCUGGUAGAAACUUUAGAAAAACUGCCCACCUUCGAUUUGGCCUCCCAUCUCCAUGUGAAGUUUCAUUAUGCGUUUGCACUGAAUAGGAGAAAUCGCCCUGGAGAUAGAGCAAAAGCUCUUGAUAUUAUGAUUCCCAUGGUGCAAUGUGAAGGGCAAGUUGCUUCAGAUAUGUAUUGCCUAGUUGGUCGAAUCUACAAAGAUAUGUUUUUGGACUCUAAUUUCAUGGAUACUGAAAGUAGAGACCAUGGAGCUUCUUGGUUCAAAAAGGCAUUUGAAUCUGAGCCAACUCUACAGUCAGGAAUUAAUUAUGCAGUCCUCCUCCUGGCAGCAGGACACCAGUUUGAAUCUUCCUUUGAGCUUCGGAAAGUUGGAGUGAAGCUAAGUAGCCUUCUUGGUAAGAAGGGAAACUUGGAAAACCUCCAGAGCUACUGGGAAGUUGGAUUUUUUCUGGGAGCUAGUGUCCUGGCCAAUGACCACCUGAGAGUCAUUCAAGCAUCUGAAAAGCUUUUCAAACUGAAGACGCCAGCAUGGUACCUCAAGUCAAUUGUGGAGACAAUUUUGAUAUAUAAGCAUUUUGUGAAACUGACACCAGAACAGCCUGUGGCCAAGGAAGAACUGGUGGACUUUUGGAUGGAUUUCCUGGUUGAGGCCACAAAGACAGAUGUUACUGUAGUUAGAUUUCCAGUCUUAAUAUUAGAACCAACCAAAAUCUAUCAGCCUUCUUACUUGUCUAUCAACAAUGAAUUCGAAGAAAAGACAAUAUCUAUCUGGCAUGUGCUUCCUGAUGACAAGAAAGGCAUACAUGAGUGGAAUUUUAGUGCUUCCUCUGUCAGGGGCGUGAGUAUUUCUAAAUUUGAAGAACGAUGCUGUUUUCUUUAUGUACUGCACAAUUCUGAUGAUUUCCAAAUCUAUUUCUGUACAGAACUUCACUGUAAGAAGUUUUUUGAAAUGGUGAACACCAUUACCGAAGAGAAGGGGAGAAGCACGGAAGAAGGGGACUGUGAAGGUGACUCCCUGGAGUAUGACUACGAAUAUGAUGAAAAUGGUGACCGAGUUGUGUUGGGAAAAGGCACUUACGGGAUAGUCUAUGCAGGUCGAGACUUGAGCAACCAGGUCCGAAUUGCUAUUAAAGAAAUCCCAGAGAGAGACAGCAGAUACUCCCAGCCCCUGCAUGAAGAGAUAGCCUUGCAUAAGCAUCUCAAGCACAAAAACAUUGUCCAAUAUCUGGGCUCUCUAAGUGACAAUGGCUUCAUUAAAAUCUUCAUGGAGCAGGUCCCAGGAGGAAGUCUUUCUGCUCUCCUUCGGUCCAAAUGGGGCCCAUUAAAAGACAAUGAGCAAACAAUUGGCUUUUAUACAAAGCAAAUACUGGAAGGAUUAAAAUACCUCCAUGACAAUCAAAUAGUUCACCGGGAUAUAAAGGGUGACAAUGUACUGAUUAAUACAUACAGUGGCGUUCUCAAGAUCUCUGACUUUGGGACAUCAAAGAGACUUGCUGGCAUAAAUCCAUGUACUGAAACUUUUACUGGUACGCUCCAGUAUAUGGCACCAGAAAUAAUUGAUAAAGGACCACGAGGUUAUGGGAAGGCAGCUGACAUUUGGUCUUUGGGGUGCACGAUCAUCGAAAUGGCCACAGGAAAACCACCGUUUUAUGAACUCGGAGAGCCGCAAGCAGCCAUGUUCAAGGUUGGGAUGUUUAAAGUCCACCCUGAGAUCCCAGAGUCCAUGUCUGCAGAGGCCAAGGCAUUCAUAUUGAAAUGUUUUGAACCUGACCCUGACAAGAGAGCAUGUGCUAAUGACUUGCUUAUUGACGAGUUCUUAAAAGUUUCCAGCAAAAAGAAAAAGACACAACCCAAGCUUUCAGCUCUUUCGACUGGAUCAAAUGAGUACCUCAGGAGCAUCUCCCUGCCAGUCCCUGUCCUGGUGGAAGACACCAGCAGCAGUAGUGAGUAUGGCUCCGUGUCCCCCGACACUGAGUUGAAGGUGGACCCCUUCUCUUUCAAAACCAGAGCCAAGUCCUGUGGAGAAAAAGAUGUGAAGGGAAUACGGACGCUGUUUUUGGGCAUUCCAGAUGAAAAUUUUGAAGAUCAUAGUGCGCCACCUUCCCCUGAAGAAAAAGAUUCUGGAUUCUUUAUGCUGAGGAAGGACAGUGAAAGGCGAGCCACCCUUCAUAGGAUCCUGACCGAGGACCAGGAUAAGGUUGUGAGGAACUUAAUGGAGUCCUUAGCUCAGGGUGCUGAGGAACCCAAGCUGAAAUGGGAACACAUCACCACCCUCGUCACGAGCCUCAGGGAGUUUGUGAGGUCCACUGACCGAAAAAUCAUAGCUACCACCCUGUCAAAGCUGAAACUAGAGCUGGACUUCGACAGCCAUGGGAUCAGUCAAGUGCAGGUGGUCCUCUUUGGUUUCCAGGAUGCGGUAAAUAAAGUUCUUCGGAACCAUAACAUCAAGCCACAUUGGAUGUUUGCCCUGGACAGCAUCAUCCGAAAGGCUGUGCAGACGGCUAUUACCAUCCUGGUGCCAGAACUGAGGCCACAUUUUAGCCUUGCCUCAGAGAGUGACACGGCUGAUCCGGAAGACUUGGAUGUAGAAGAUGACCAUGAAGAAGCACCUUCAAAUCAGACUGUCCGAAGACCUCAGGCCAUCAUCGACGAUGCUGUGGCUACCUCUGGGGUGAGCACACUCAGCUCCACUGUAUCCCACGAUUCCCAAAGUGCUCAUCGGUCACUCAAUGUGCAGCUUGGCAGGAUGAAAAUAGAAACAAACAGAUUACUGGAAGAAUUGGUUCGGAAAGAGAAGGAAUUACAAGCACUCCUUCAUCAAGCUAUUGAAGAAAAAGACCAAGAAAUUAGACACCUGAAGCUUAAGUCCGAACCAAUAGAUAUUCCCGGGUUGCCUGUGUGCCACCCGAAUUCUCCUGGCACAGCCACUGAGGAUUCUGAACUCACCAGCUGGCUGAGAGAAAAUGGAGCUGAUGAAGACACUAUAAGUCGGUUUUUGGCUGAGGAUUACACACUGGUGGAUGUUCUCUACUACGUUACACGUGAUGAUUUAAAAUGUCUGAGAAUAAGGGGAGGAAUGCUGUGUACACUGUGGAAAGCCAUCAUUGACUUUCGAGACAAACACACUUGACUGUCACUCAAUUUAAUCUUCGACAGAGAUUCUGAAAAUGAAUACAGAACUAAACUUUGUGAGGGAGGGAGAAUCAGAGGGAGAGGAGGAGGAAGCUGCACUUUAGAUCCAGUAUUUGUUUACUCAAAUACACUGAAAUUUCCUAACUGCUUCUAUUUCUACAGUUCUCAAGGACUCUUCGCGAGGACUUUCAAAAAUAACCCUAAUUAGAACUGUAAUGGGAAGGAUAUUUUCAUCUACACAUUUUUAUGGAGACAUUUUUUAACUCAGCAGCUAUUGUACUUUAGCCAAAUGUUUAUUUCACACAAAAGGGAUAUAACAUUUCAUGUGAUUGUGUACCACUGGAACAAAACCAAAAUGUGACCACACCAUAGGAUUAGGUGUAUUUGUAACAAGCCCUAAGAAGCUGAGUAGAGAUGCAAUCAAUCAUUGUAUAAAGUCUAUGUUUUUUUAAGUGUGUAGAAUCUGAGAGUAAUGGUUUUUACUAUCUGUCUUAAUUGUGAUAUUGACUGUAUUUUGUAACUUAAGUUUCUGGCCCAUUGUGCAUUGUUCAAGGUGUUUAUGUACUACUGAGUUGUACCAGUUGCCAUGCCUGGAUCAUAGUAACGUUAGCUUGUUCUAAAGCUAUCCACUGUGUUAUAUUUACUCUAAAAAGUAAAAAGAC